AUGUGGGCUGCUCGCGCGGCCCAUCGGGGCGCCCGGCGCGUCGCUCAACGCACCGAGAGCCUUUCGGUCGCGUCCGCGCUCCGUUCGAACCUCCCUUCUCGCUCGACGACGUCCGGCUCGAUCGUCACGGCGUCGUCAUCGCGCGUUCGCUCCUUCGUUGGGCCCUCGCGCCAUGUGUCCUUCGCGCCGCCCAACCCCAUCAUCCCCGCCGCUUACGUCGCGGGGUCCAUCGCGAGUCGCACCGUGCUGGCCACCGCGAGGAUGAACGCCGCCAACAGGGUGUUCAACGCCGUCACCACCCCGUCCGCGAGGGCCCGACUGCGCGACGCCCUCCUCGGUCGCACGCGAUCGGGAUCGGUCACUCGCGUCGCGGUCGUCGCCACGGGCGCAGGGGUCGUCGCGCACGUCUACACCGAGGAGGUACCCGCGACGGGGCGACGUAGGCUCAUGCUCCUCGACCUCGGCGACGAGGAGCGGCUCCUGCGCGCCGCCACCGCGGCGCAGUUCGAGCGCCUGGAUGGAUCGUUCCUGCCCCCGUCGCACCCCGCGACGCAGCGCGUGGCGGGGAUCCUGUGGAAGCUGGUGAACCGACUCGACCCGGCGUUGGUCGUGGGGACGAACCCUAAAAACCUCUCGCAUCACCCGCUGCUCGCGGAGGGUGCCACGUGGAGCCUCCACGUGUACGAUUCCCCCGAGGUGAACGCGUCGGUGGCGCCCGGAGGCCACAUCUUCGUGAGCACCGGCUUGAUCCGCGCGUGCGGGAGGGACGACGGACGACUGGCGUUCGUGUUGGCGCACGAGAUGGGACACAGGAUCGCGCGGCACGUCGCGGAGCACGCGUCGAUCGAGAUGUUGAGAACGAUGGGCGUCGCCGUCGGGUGGGCGCUGGCGGCGAUGUUCGGUGCGGAUUUCUUGGGCGGCGCGGUGACGGCGUCGGCGAUGGUGGGCGCGGAGGCUGCGGCGGAGCUGGCGGUGAGUCUGCCGUACAGCAGGACGAUGGAGUACGAAGCGGACGAGAUCGGCAUGCGGUUGCUCACCGGCGCUUGCUUCGAUCCCGACGCGGGGCCGAGGAUGAUGUCCACGUUGGAGGCGUUUGCCGUCGAGCAACGGCGGCUGGCGGAGCGGGAGUCGAGCUCGACGCGAGACGGAUCGUUCAACGGCGUUCAACGGCGUUCAACAUCGUUCAACGGCGACGACGAACGCGCACGCAAGGAGAUGGAGCGGUACCUGAGCACGCACCCGCUCAACGAGGAACGGAUAGCGGCCAUGCGCGAGCGCAUCAUGCCGCGGCUAUUCGAAUCGGCGUCAAACUCUGACUGCGGCGCGUACGUCGCCGCGCUUCAAAGUUCGAUGGGAUUACGCCACCGCCGUCUGCCGCCCAACGCGCACGACGCGAACAAGGGUAAAGUUUUCAUCCCGACGUCCAAGUGGCGGGCUCGGUACGUGCGCGAGCUGGACGUGACGCACUCGACCGAGCGGGGAAUGAACCGGGUGUUGGAUCGGAGGAAUAAAAUGUCGUCGACGGAUGCGGCAAACGCCGGGGACCACGGCGCGAUGACGGGUCCGUUGGGAAGAUUCGACGACCGCAGGAUGCGCGCGUUGCUGGCGAGGCCGGACACGGAGGCUGGAGCGAAGGCGCGCGAGGACGCCGCCGCGCUCGGGUCCAAGGGCAUGCACAGCAGGGGUUGGCGUGGUCCGGUGAGGAGGAAGGUUGAGCUGUCGAAGGCGUCCGCCUCGGACGGGGUCGAGGCGUCCCCCGGGGUACGAGACGAAGCGUCGCGCGGGGACGCGGAGGAAGGGACGGAGCUCGGCGAACUAGUCGGGAUGUACUGGUCGGGGUCUGGGGCGAGACGGGCGGUCCGCAGAGCGGCGGCGGCGUAG